CCCUUCUUCUUCAUGAGUGGGAGGGAAGGUAUAUAUGUGGUCGGUGAACAUUGAUUGUACCACAGACAACCGGUCUCCGGAGUCCAACAACAUGAAGUUAUCGGUUGUAUUAGCAGUAUCACUGGCCGUGGUGGCCUUUGCCAGCGAGGAAAAAGGCACACAGAAGGCAGCUGAAGAGAAAAAACAGGACAAGCGAGGAAUAUACGACACCGGUUCCUAUGGGGGCGGUUAUGAGCAUGGAGAGAGCAGUGGUUACGGUAACGGUGGUGGUGACUUCGGAGGACACGAGGGUUUAAAUCUCGGACACGGACAGUCUGAAGGUUACGGUCACAGUGCAGAAUUCGGUGGAUCCUCUGAUUCCUGGAAGCCAAUCCAAAGUGACCAUGGCCAUCACCAUGUCAAGACUAUCGAGGUCAUCAAGAAAGUACCCGUCCCAUACACCGUUGAAAAGCAUGUUCCAUACACGGUAGAAAAGAAAGUGCCCUAUGAAGUCAAAGUGCCCUAUCCUCAGCCAUACACCGUAGAAAAGCGUGUACCAGUGAACGUUAAGGAGUACGUGAAAUACCCAGUCCACGUACCCCAGCCCUACGUUGUGGAAAAGAAAGUACCUUAUGAAGUUAAGGUUCCAGUUGACAAGCCCUUCGAAGUCAAAAUCAAAGUUCCCACACCUUACACCGUCGAAAAGAAAGUGCCCUAUGAAGUGAAGGUUCCCGUACCCCAGCCCUACACCGUAGAAAAGAAGGUCCCAUAUGAAGUGAAAUACGAAGUCAAAGUGCCCCAGCCCUACGAGGUCGUGAAGAAGGUGCCCUAUGAAGUUAAAGUACCCGUCGACAAGCCCUACCAUGUAUACGUGCCCAAGCCUUACCCUGUCCCAGUCGAGAAGCCUUACCCCGUGACAGUACACAAGCCAGUUCCCUAUGAAGUCAAGGUUCCAGUCGACAGGCCCUACAAGGUCGAGGUAGAGAAACCAUACCCAGUCCACAUCAAAGUUCCAGUCCCGAAACCCUACGACGUUUACAAGAAGAUCCCAUACACCGUCGAGAAGAAAGUGCCUUAUGAAGUCAAAGUGCCCAUCGACAAGCCCUACCCAGUAUACAAGGAGGUCCAAGUGCCCCUUGUGAAGGAGGUGCCCUAUCCCGUCAAGGUUCACUUUCCCAUUUACUUCAAGAAAGAACAGGAACAUCACCAUGAGGAACAGCAGCAGUACGGGCACGGAUGGAAUUAAAUCCAGCGUAAAAUAGUUAUCACAACAGUACCUUAUAGGCUUAGUUUGAAUUGUGAUCGAUAAGUUUUUUAGUAUAAUUAACAAACACGAGCUGGACAGUUGCGUGGUACAAAUUUGAUCGCAUAGCAUCCGAUGUGGAUGCGCGACACAGAAAUGUUAUUAAUUGUUUAUCUUUGUAUAUGCUUUGUUUUACGUAAUUGUGAAAGUUUUACAAAAACGUUGAGGCUGAUAAAAAUAUAAAUGUUAUAGAAUG